GGCGCGGGGAGUGCGCUCCGAGAACGCAGGCGCCGUGUCGGGGAAAGUUAGGAAUUUGAAAUGGAGUCAAUAUAUCUUCAGAAGUAUAUUGGGACAUGUUUAACUCAAGGUCUUGCAGAAGUGGCAAGAGUUCGCCCAGUGGAUCCAAUAGAAUAUUUAGCAUUGUGGAUUUACAAGUAUAAGGAAAAUGUCACCAUGGAGCAACAGAGACAAAAGGAAAUGAUUGACUUGGAGCGUGAAAGAGAACUAGCUCUGAUGGAGCAGGAGAUGAUGGCGAGGCUCAAAGCAGAGGAGCUCGUGUUUCAGGAGCAACAGCGGGCAUUACAGAUGGAGUUGGAAAUGCAAGAAAAAGAGAGACAGAGAGCAGAACUGCAGAGGGCUCAAGAACAAUUAGAGAAGAAGAUGAGAGUGAAUAUAGAAAAUAUAGCUAAAGGUAAAGAUACUUUACAUUCAGAGGAUGCAAACUCAGGCAAAACACUAGCUGAAAUUAGUGAUCGAUAUGGGGCACCUAAAUUGAGCAGAGUGGAAGAACUUGAUGAACCAAUGCUAUCUGAUAAAGGUCUGCGGCCACACUCGCCCCUCCAGCCGGCGCGGCGCGGCUCAACCCUGAGGAGCCUGCCACAGACGCCCACCGAGCCCCCAGGCGCGGAACAGACCGAGCGGAGCCUGGGCGUCGCCGGAGCCCCACCCAUUCACCCGGCCCAGCCGCCGGCGGCCAGAGCCCAGCCACGCCUGACCAACCUUUCCCCGACACGGCGCCUGCGUUCUCGGAGCGCACUCCCCGCGCCGGCGCCUACCGCCUACCCGCCAGGCGCGUCCCGUCGCUAG